AUGAAUAAACGCUUAUCCAGAUAUGCACAUGCAAGAUGUAUUCUUCAGCCGCUCGCGUACUCACACGUACGCCCACAUACCGAACAUAUCCUCACCACCUACCUACCUACCUACUUACUUACCUGCCUACCUACUCAGACGUUCAGUUGUUACUACUCUGACUGUGUGGACUAUCUCAGCGAGUAUGUGGAAGAGUGCGACCUGGCCAUCGCCCAGCCAGUCGUCACCAACAUCAACUCCGCCAUCCGCUGUGAGACGUUCACAUGUUCUAUGGAGUGUGAGCCAGAGUGGAGCUUCUGCUCGGCUACGGUUCGGGGUGCGCUGCAGUUUGCGACGGGACCGUUUGUAAUGGUUAGUAACGGCACAUACGCGAACGCGCGCCAGUCAACACUGGAGCUGGUGGCGCCGUGUGGCGUGCAUAUGCAGGUCAAUGGGUCGUCAUGUGUGACCUCGGAUGAUAUUGUCGAAGUCAAUACCACCAUAGAACUGAUGGAUUCGGCCAAUGAGCUCAUUGGCACCAACGUAGAUAAUAGCGUAGAAUUUGGUGAUAUGGUUGCUGUUGUCAUCGCUCUCAUCUUUUUGGCCCUACUUGGCGUCUCCAUCAUCAUGGGUCUUCUAGCCUUCCUACGCGUUCGCACCUUCGACAAAGUGCGAACGAAGGGUACCGGAAGCAUCUCUGCCUUUGAAUCACUGGACUUGGGGCCUAUCACGGCCAGUGCCAAAGCCAUCAACCAGGCCCUCGCGUUUGUGGAUGUGAGUUACAAGAUAAAAGACACUGUGCUGCUGGAUAAUGUCACGGGUGUGAUGUAUCCCGGAGAGAUGGUUGCGGUGAUGGGGCCCUCGGGUGCUGGUAAGAGCACGGCUUUAGAUAUAAUCGCAGGCAGGCGCAAGAGCGGCGCUGUCACGGGUGAAAUCUGGGCCAUGGGCAAUCGUGUAAAGGGUCAGACAUUGCGACAGAAGGUCGGGUUUGUAGAUCAGGAAUACAUACCCAUGGCUACGCUGACUGUCACAGAGUGCCUGAUGUAUUCGUGCAUGCUACGCUUGCCCAAUGACACGAGUAUGGCCCAGCGGAAGGAGCGUGUGGAGGCGGUGAUUAGAGAUGUGCGUAUCACAAACAUCGCCGACAGCAGAAUAGGCAAUAGCGUGAGCCGUGGUAUCUCAGGCGGUGAGCUGCGCCGGCUGUCCAUCGCCGCCGAGUUGGUGACUGGGCCAUCAUUACUGUAUUUAGACGAACCGACUUCCAGCCUGGACUCGUACAAUGCACACGUGGUUAUCGACUGUCUCAAGUCCUUGGCUGUGAAUAGAAAGACUAUGAUUAUGCUCAGCAUUCACCAGCCCUCAUCCAAGUUGUUUCAGAUGUUCGACAAGUGUCUGCUGCUUACCAGGGGCAAGAUGACCUACUAUGGUCCUACCAAGGAAGCCGCCACUACCCAUUUUGCUUCAUUGGGCCUGACGCCGUGCUCCAAAUCAGCCAACGCGGCCGACUAUCUGAUGGACGCACUCGUCGAGGCAGAGGUGUACACACAAGUGAUGACAGCACGAAACGCGAGGAAGCUUAGCGCUGGAUCUUCGGGGAAUGAACACUAUGACGACGGGAAUAGUGCUGUACAAAUUAAGCCAAGUGGAGCUGAAAAGAGAGAAUCAGACUUCAAGGCAAUCGAUGAAAAUCAGCGCCAAGACGAUAUACGACAGGCCGCGUUGGAGAGACGCUUCUCCAAUAAUCUCGCACACACAGACAGCCGUGAGGUCCAGGAGGGAUCCAGCCGCAAUGCCUCUGAUACUGACAUCCACACAGACCUUGGGGAGGGUAGCACGUCUAUGGUGUCAAAGGAUCUGACGGUGUCGGACUUAGUGAACGGAUACCAAGAAAGUCAGCACGCACACAACAUGAGUUCGGAAGCUGCAAGAGUCAUCCAAGCGCAGGAGAACAGAAACGAUACUAAGCGCAAUCGCAAGUCACGGAAUUGGUUCGCCCCGAAGACGGCAAGCGCGGCAGACGUCGACCCAACAAAUAGUGAAGCGGGUCUGACUCCAGUCCUUCUCAGAGAAGACGAGAAAUCAACUCUGAAGUACCAGUCCGCUCAAAGCAGCGAGCCUCCGGCGCAAAGCACGGUCUCUAUAGGACCGGAGGACUCAAGGAACGAGACAGAACUAACCACUGUUGUCGACACUUGCAGCGCUGGUUCAGAUACGGCGGAUAAUACAGCAACUGAGGGGAGCUCUGAGGCUGACGACUCCAAAGAUGAAACUCCAAGCUCGCGAACGAAUACCCACGCGUCCUUCUGGACACAGACACUAACACUCAGUCAUCGAACACUGGCCAAUCUGCGGCGAGAUCCCCACCUGGUUGUUGCGCAUUGGAGUGUAGGUAUACUUACGGGCCUUAUCCUCGGUCUCCUCUACUUUGAUUCGGGUAUCAACUCUCUAGGAGAAUCGCUCGACGAAGAAAUCAUUGGCCAAGCACAACAACAACUGGGGGCACUGUUGCUGUUGUGUGCUUUCUUGUCCUUCGGAGGACUAACGUCUCUCGAGGUGUUCGAAACGGAACGAGUAAUAUUUUUAACCGAGAGAGCGAAUGGAUUCUAUGACGCAGGCAGCUUUUUUCUCUCGAAGGCAAUGUUCGAUUUGACCCUGCUGCGAAUAAUUCCUCCAAUGUUCACGGCUGUGAUUUUCUACUUCAUGAUGAAUAUGCGAAGCGGCUUCAUACAUUUCGUCGUAUUCGCCACUGUUUUGACCCUGUGUAACCUGACAGCGGCAUCUAUCUGUAUGCUGAUUGGUAUCGCUAUCAAAAACCGUGCACUGGCGCUGUUGGUGGCCUCAUUAGUGAUCCUACUGUCCCUUGCGCUCACAAAUCUCUUCAAUAACGACGGAGCUAUGCCUCCCUGGGCUGCUUGGCUGCACUACCUGUCCUUCUUUCACUACGCGUACGAGGCGCUAGUAAUUAAUGAGCUAAAGGACAUUCAAUUCCAAGGGGUGGCGCUUGGAACUGCCGAUGUAGUCAUCAAUGCUGCUGAUUUAAUGGACGAUCUCGGUUUCAAUGAAUCGGCCUAUGCUAUGGAUAUAUGUAUAUUGUUUGGCAUAUUCCUGCUUACGCAGGCAGUCACAUUUUUGUUGCUCAAGUACAAGUUGAAAUUAGUGAAGUAAAUUAGCAUUGCAAAUUAGUAGUAUAUAUUAAAAAAC